UGAACUACUUUUUGAUCGCUGCGCCGGCUUUAAAACGUACCGUAAGCUUCUUUUUUUUUUACCUUAUGUGACCAGACAAUUUGAAUAUGGAACAGCAACAAGUGCUACACAAGCUAAGAUCCGCCUCCCAGUAAAAAUCUUCAGUUGCGGGAGUCGGAAGCUGGCCCAGAUGAAGCUGCUGUGGUACGUCAAAUAAACAGUGUUUUCAAGCUAACAGGCGCAUUGGUUUGCUUCACUUCCUGUUGAAAGAUUUCUACAAUCCCGCCACAGUGAAUUUGACGCCCCCGUAAAUCCGUCUCAGUGAAGUGAUGGAUGAUCUGACGAAGUUGGUCAGCGAACAAAACGCCACCUUGGUGGUGUUGAGCUUCCUCCAGGCAGACUGCAGUAACGUGCACUACAACAAGGCUGUUUACUCUUUGGGUAAAGAGCUAACAGAAACUUGGAGGGACAGUUGCGAAGACAAGGAUGGGGUUAUCGAAUGUGACUGCAACCUGCCCGGCACCAGCGAGGGUUCCAUCGCCGACCUAAAGCCGUUAGUGGAGCUUUACUGGCCUGGUGGUUUAGGUGAAGCAAGAGCCCUGCAGGUGGUUGCAGCUCAGCUGAGAGAAAUUGCUGCCCAACUUGAGCAGAAUGUUGUGGACCAGUCUGCCCGAAACCUGCGCAGGAAUGUGAUGUCUUCGCCCAGUGAACAGUGGCUGGAGCUCCUCAAAAGCGAGGUGCACAGGGCCAUGAUGCAGGGGGUGGGCUUGGAUCAGCUGCCCCAGGAGAGGAUCAUCAUGGCCCUCAGCCUCACCCUGGUGAAGCAGGUGUGUGAACACGCCCCACAACUGCUCAGAGAUCUCUUCAACACUGCGCUGCAGUACAUCAGCCCAACAAGGGCAAGAUGACUUGAAGUGGGCGGGAUGAGAGGGAAUAACUGUCAAAUGUUUGCAGGAAAACAAAAAAAAAAAGCGGCCGUUAAGCCACUUUUCAAGUGUUAGUGUAUCUUUUUUGAACGUUAAGUCUUAUUGUAAAAUCAGGGAUAGUUUAAGUCUGUGUUGUUGGUCACACGUGCUGUUCUAAUGUUUUUGUUAUAAGCUGACGUUUGUGUCAAGACGAAAAAAUAUACUGUACGCCUUGAGUUACCUCUGUUUUGUAAAAAUGUUUAAAUAAAUGGUGGUGAUUUAUUUGGAAUCAUAUCGCCACAAAUCCAU